AUGCAAAAGUUCACUUCUCCAACAACACAACGCAAAAAAAGGAGAGCCAUUCUCUUCCAACUCUCGUUCGCCCGCCCCGCACCACCUCCACUCCUCUGCACCAGCCCGCCUCCUCCGGCGAGCUCUUCUCUCUUCGGCCCCUCCUCCGCGCGCCCCUUGGAUCCCGACGGCGGCGGCGGCGGCUCCCCAAGCUCGCACACGGGAGCGGCCCCCUGGAUCCCGCCGACGGCAACCCCUAGAUCCCGACGGCGGCAGCUCCCCAAGGUCGCGCGUGGCGGUAGUCGCGUCUCCCCUGAGCUCGCGCCCGGCGGCCCCUCCUCCUCCUCCUCCUCCUCUGCGCGCCCCUUGGACCCCGACGGCGGCGGUGGCUCCCCAAGCUCACACACGGGAGCGGCCCUCUGGAUCCCGGCGACGGCAGCCCCCAAAUCCCGACGGCGGCGGCUCCCCAAGGUCGCGCAUGGCGUCGGCCGCAUCUCCCUAGAGCUCGCGCCCGGUCCCUUCCUUUGUUGCAAAAUUGAGGAUCCCUAA